CCAAAUUCGACCAGUAAGGUAGUAAACAGCGAAACAGCGAUUCGUGAUUUGAGAAGGUCCUGAAUUCACCCUCGUCAUAUAAACAAUGUCACAGAAAUUCAAAGUAGCCGAUACUACUGCAGCUUCCACAGCAGUGGCAGACUUAAUCAAUUGGGAACAGUGUGUUAUUUGUCAAGACAGAAAAAAUGAAGUUUUGCAAUGUCCCGCCAAUUUAUUGAGAGCAGAUGUUGGCAGCGGUUACAAGUCCUUGGCUGAAAAUCUUGUAAAGUUUAGAGAUCUCGGACAGCUGCCCAAAACCAUUUCGUUGAGCGCACUGGAUGAUGGACAGGGAAUUGCAUCGACGAUGCUUGAUCACAAGGCCAAGUGGCACAAAUCAUGUGCCUUGCGCUACAAUAAUACAAAGUUGAAAAGAGCUUCCACUAAAAGAAAGACACCAGAUGAUGAUUCUGGCAGCAGUAGUGUGAUGGAAGGAGCCGCAAGAGUUAGAAGACGCUCAUCAUCGUGUGAAUCUACUGAAGCCGUCUGUAUUUUCUGCGGACAAUCAAAGAAUGAUGGACUGCUACACCAAGUAUUAACCAUGGAAAUGGAUAGCCAUGUAAGAGCCAGUGCAAUACUAGUAGAGGACAAUGAGCUAUUGGGCAAGCUAUCGUUAGGUGACAUGGUUGCACUGGAACACAAGUACCAUAAGAACUGUUUGAGUCGCCUGCACAAUCGUGCGCGAUCAGCAAAGAGAGACACACCGAACGAUACAGAUAAUGACCGCACAGUGUCUGGAAUUGUAUUUGCAGAGUUGGUAAUGUACAUAGAAGACAAGCGCAUGGAAGAAGGUACUGCUCCCGUUUUCAAGUUGACUAAUCUUGCAGACAUGUAUGGGUCGAGGAUAAAACAACUGGGAGGUGUAAUCAACACAAAAGUACACACUACACGAUUGAAGCUACGAUUGCUAGCCCAAUUUCCUGAUCUGCAAGCACAUUUAAAGGGUACAGAUAUUCUCCUGGCAUUUCAAGAUGACAUUGGUCCUGCACUUGCCAAAGCAUGUGAAAAAGACAUGGACAAUGAUGCAGUGCAUCUUGCACGUGCAGCACAGAUCGUUCGCCGACAUAUAUUUGAUCAAUCAACACCCUUCAAUGGAUCAUUUCAGGAGAACUGCCAAGAGAACUCCGUGCCAAAGCUUCUACUAGCACUAGUUAAUAUGAUUCUAGAGGGACCAAACAUCAAAGAUCAAUCCCGUGAAGCCAUGACACCAGCAGCUCUUUCAAUUGCACAGCUGUUCAAAUACCAAAGUAGGCCCACGCAUAGACGUAAACAAAAGGAUGCCGUGCAAUAUGUCAGACACAACACCGACCAGGAAACACCUCUUCCUAUUUAUGUUGGACUCAUGUUACACGCACAAACCAGGAAGCGAGAGCUGGUCGACCGACUAUUCAACCUCGGUCUCAGCAUUCCAUACGACAGAGUGCUCCGUCUUUCUGCAGAUAUGGGAAACAGUGUUUGCCAACGGUUUGAAAAUGAACAGGUUGUCUGUCCACCAAGUCUGAGAGGCAAGGUAUUUACUACAGCGGCAGUGGAUAACAUCGACCACAACCCCAGCUCCACCACUGCAAAAGAUUCUUUCCAUGGAACUGGUAUCUCACUUAUACAGCAUGCCAAUGCUGACGAUGAUGGUGUUGAUCGUGGAAUCGUUGUUAUUGAAGGUGACUCUGUCUCCAAAACCAUCAGUCACCUGCCACACUACUAUACUGAUGUGCCUCCAGUGGAAUCAAGCAUCAAAGGCACACCAAUUCCAGCUACACGCCUGACAUCACUUAAGCGGAACAACUUUCAGCAACAUAGGGAUGACGAGUAUGGAUGGAUGGAGAAUUCCAGAGUGGUUCUCGAGGGCACAGCAGAAGAUACUCCACAGAACAUCUCCUGGGCCGCAUACCAUGCGAAUAAGCAACAACAAGAUGAGCACCAUAUCACGCCAACAUCCCUGCUACCACUGUUCCACGAGAGUGCUCACACAGUUGCGAUGAUACGACAUUCAAUGAAUGUUGUGAAAAUUGCAUGA